AAUUUAAAUUAGAUGAGUUUCUUUCGGUAUUUCUUCUCAGUAGUAGUCGUUCUGAAAUGCCAGUAGUUUGUAGCUUUUUGAGAAAUCACUAGUCUUCCAUGAAAGAAGAAAACGGAUUAUUAACGAACUAAUUUUUUUGCCAUUGCAAUACCGAAUGGAAUGAUCAAGAUUGGUUGAUAAACACCCAGUGUUGCCGGCCAACAGGAGACAACGCCUUCAUUUACUUUUUCACUGUAUGGGCACGGUACAGGCUGUAUUUAUGAUAAAAUUUGACGUGAAAAAGUGCAUGUGAAGGUCUAAUUUCGGAAUAAAUGAUUUAGAGUACAUACGCAUGUUUGAUACAUAAUGUAAUUGUAUGUGGUAUCAGUAAUAACUCCAAUCCUAUUACGAAACCAUUCCAAUCCAAUCACAUAAUCAUUUGUGUUACAUUAACUGUAUCUCUAGAUGUUGCAUAAAUAAUGUAAUAACGUUAUGUUAUACAUUACAAUCACGGUAUUAUUAUUAUAAUACAUCUAAUGAUGAUUAUUAGGUAGAUAAAUGUAAAUAAAAAUAUAUUCAGAGCUUGUUUAUUUCUUUUCAGGCGUUUUAGAUGCUAACACUGAACCUGGUGUCAGAUUUUAUUAUUAUUUCAGAGCAGUAUGUGGCUAACGACAUACUUUCUUAUAAUGUUAACACUUCCACUUUUGAUACGUUGCAAUGAUCUAUUACUGGAUUAUGACGACAAUAAAAAAAUACAAACUAUUGUUGAUAUUGUUAAAAUUGGAAGAGAAAGAACUGACUGGAAAAAUAUUAUCUGCGCGGGAAAAUUGUCAGACCCAUUAUAUAAACAGUUGGGAGAACUUUCAUCGACCUUUGCUGUGAUCACAGAUGACUACGGAGUAGAAUUCGAAGACGCUGUACCAUACGCGCCUCACACUUUCUUAUUCGGAUGUACAGAUUUUGAUACAUUUGAAGAUUUGUUCAUGACAGUCCUUGGUUCGCCAUAUUGGCAUCCUUUAACAAAUGUUAUCAUGUUCUAUGAAAGUCCUCUAACGAAUGACUUGAUAGCAAAGAUAUUUUUCAUACUAUUGUAUUACAAAGUAUACAAUGUUAUCAUCGUACAGUUCGACGAUACAGAGCAGGCGCUGCGUUUGAUACACUAUAAUCCUUACGUAAGUGGAGAAGAUCAUAACAAUUACGGCUGUUGGACCGCGAGGAAUAUCGGCAUUCCUCCGAUUAAUUUUGACGAAGGUUUUGUCUGUGUUGAAGGAUGCCAAAACAUCACACAGCAAUCAAAAUUUCGUGCUAACAAUCUAGGCACGUGUGUUGCAUUUCAAACAAACAUUGUAUCAUAUGGAGAUGAGGAGUUACUGCGUCAUUUAAAUUUAUUCGAGGAAUUGGCAAAAAAUUUACAUGGCUUUCCUUUAAGGGCAUAUGCUACUGAAGUAAAACCUUUCUUAAUUGUGAAUGUCCAAGGUAACGGAACUUACACUAUUGGUUCUAGAGAUGGAAAUGUCUGGAACACGAUUUCAAAAGCGAUGAAUUUUACCAUCGAUUUAUAUCCAGUGGCAAGGACAAUAAAAAGCAAAUUUAAUUUCGAACUUAACAUACAACAGAUAUUUGGAUUGUCUCGUAGAAAGGCAGACUUAUAUCUUAUACCGAUCUACGAAUUUGACUUAAUUGUUGUGGAUCUCGAUUACACGUUUCCAGUAAAAGAAAGUGGUCUUUGCUUGAUAGCGCACCGAGCGGGAUUCGAGACCAAUUUGUUCGACGCUAAAUUGCUGGAGGAAAAUUAUGAGCUUGUUAUCGAGUUUGUUUUCUGUAUAAUUUGCAUGUGGUUUUUAUUUUUCGCAUACAGCGCCGUGGAGAGAAACAAUCUCAGUCUGGACCAAAUGGGAAAGGAUCUUAUCAACGUUUUCAGGAGCGUUAUGUCCAUUGGCCUCUAUAAAGCGCCAAGACGCAGAUCGUUCCGCAUUUUCUUAGGCACAUCUAUUUGGUGUUUCUUCGUCCUGAACUUCUUUAUGCAAGCCGCCAUUAUAUCAUUCUUCAGCUCAAUACGUCGCGGAAAAGACGUGAAUACAUUUGAAGAUGUCAUAGCAAAGGAAUACCCAAUCGAAGGUGUUGCGUCUCCUGAUGCGAUACUCCCCGAUACUGAGGACCGAUUCAAUAAAAUUAAUUCGAAGCUAGUGAGCGUUCAAGAUUUAUUCGAGUGCACUGAACGAAUGAUCAACGACAGCCGUCGCUUUUGUCUUGUAGAUUGCGCUGUCGGCCGGUAUUUAGAAAGAAACAAGCUAAAUGACAAAGGCCAGCAAUAUCUUCAUGUUGUUGAAAAAGACAGAUUUCAUAGUCUUUAUCUUAAUAUGAUAUUUUCAAAGAAUUCCCCACUAACUAAAGUGUACAAUGGAUUAGUGUUACGGCUAUUUGAAGCGGGACUUGUAAAGAAAUGGGAGGAAUACAGGUUUACGGAGAUAAAGGAGGAGGCAGAAGUUAAGCCGCUGGGCAUGGAUGACUUAAUGGGAAUAUUCAAAUGCUACGGGUUGCUCGUAUGCCUGUGUCUAUUUGUGUUUCUCGUGGAAAUCAUUUUAGGAUUUAUAAAAUAUCUAACAGCGAUAAUGAAGCGAUAUUUGUAUAAAAAAGAUUACAAAAUGGAAGAGAACAAGAAUCGCCAAAAAACAAGUAGAGUGGGAGACUCAAACUUAAAAUGUCACACUGCUGGAGUUACCAUCUAUUAGCAGUAGUUCGGUUGACAGGGCAACUUUUGGGUAGCAGUACUUAGUCCGGUGGAUAAAAAUCACACAACUUUUGAAACCCUAGAUGGUACAAAGGGUAUCAUAUCAUCAUCGAUUUAUAUUCUGCACGAUUUAACGGUUUGAAGAAACUAAUGAUUUCUGCACGUGAAAUUUAGAGAAUACUUACCUAUAACAGGAGCUAUUACAUCAUGCGUGAUAUAUUUGCAAGUUUAGUAUCUUCUAUAGGACUGUAUGUACUAGUGGACAGCUAAAGGGUGAAUUUCACAAGUGUUUGAACGCGGCGUGUAGCGUUUCAUUCGUGUCCGAAACUUUUUUGAAUAUUUUUUUAUUAUUAAACAUUUAUAAAAUUAACAUUGUACCAGUACUUUACUUAUUUAUAAAAUAGAAUAAUUAAAUCGAUUACUGUGUAUGAUACAAUUUAAUAAACACUAAUGACAGCCCACGGCGGCGUUCAAAACGCUCGUGAAAUUCAUCUUAAAGCUAACUGCAGAUUUUUAUAUACCUACUUUAAGUAGAUAUUAUGAUACAAUAAACCUAAAUGUAAAGUG